AUGCCUAGGCCGCGGUCGCCACUGUCACACUCACUCCCACCACUCGUUUUUGGAACUGCCACAUUUAAUUACCAGUACAAUGUCGAUCCAUUCGCCUUGAGUACCACUUCUCUCGUGCAAAAGGCCCUGGCCAACGGUGUCCAUGCUUUUGACACCUCCCCAUACUAUGGGCCGGCAGAGGAAAUCCUGGGCACCGCUCUAGGUUCCGAUCUAGUUCGAAGAUACUACCCAAGAAAUCAAUAUUUCAUCCUUACCAAAGUCGGCCGUGUUGCAGCCGACGCCUUUGAUUAUUCUCCAGAGUGGAUUCGCCAAAGUGUGCGGAGGAGCUGUGAACGACUGAAGACUAACUAUCUCGAUGUGGUUUACUGCCACGAUUGCGAAUUUGUCUCUCCACAAGAGGUCUUGAUUGCCAUCAAGGAGCUACGCCGCAUUCGUGACGAGGAAGGAAGCCUGAACUAUGUUGGUAUCUCAGGUUAUCCAGUUGACGUCCUCUGUGAACUGGCUGAGAUGAUUUUGCGCGAGACUGGAGAGCCCCUCGACAUUGUACAAUCCUACGCCAAUUAUACUCUUCAGAACACGAAGUUGUUGUCCGAGGGCCUUCAGCGCCUAGUCAACGCCCGCGUCGAUAUUGUGACGAAUGCAAGUCCUCUUGGUAUGGGACUUCUGAGACGCAAUGGACCUUCACUCGGUGCACUGGGCGACUGGCACCCUGCUCCCGACAAUCUGCGCCAAGCGUGCAUUGAUGCGGCUAAAUGGGCCGAAAUCAGAGGCGAGAAGUUGGAAGUGGUUGCUGUCAGAUUUGCUCUCGAGAAUUGGCUUCGAGAAGGUGCAAAAGUCGGCACUUUCGGUAGCCCACUCGGCCACAACGACAAUUCCUACUCUUCUGGCCUAAGUCUGCCCCAUGAGAAGAUUGGUGUCAAUGUCAUGGGUGUCAGCAAAAUUGAGGAACUCGACGAGACAAUUCGAGUAUGGCGAAGUGUCCUUGAUGGUCUGGCCGAUGAUCUAGAUGCGGAUCCUGGCACAAUCACUCCCUCAGACGCCGUCACCGAUCAUGAAUGGUCGUUAUCGCGACGACAAACCAUUCGCACAUUGGCAAAGGGAAUCCGAGAAGUCAUCGGAUCCCAGUGGGUGGACUAUACCUGGUCUUCACCGGAGCCGGGCUUUGUCAAUCGUUUGAGGCCAUCAUUCGACGACCACGACCACGACGCCGACGAGAAAUGUAACGAUGGAACACUUGCAACUUCCCCCGAAAUCACCAUGCUCACUCCUCCCUCCGAGGCUGAGGAUGAUCAAGCGCUCCAGGAAGUUCCUCCUCUACAUACUCUGGUUUAA